GCGCCCCGCAGCGCGGCGCCCACCACGCCGCCGCGCCGCGGGCGCCCCGCGGCCGUCGCCGGGAGCGACGGCGCGCCUUCGCCGGGCGUCGGCGCGAUCCCGCUGACGCCCGACGUCCCGGCGCACGGCGUGGAGGAGCCGGAGGCUCAGGAUCGGAGGAGGGCUUUCGACAUCGAGAGGCAGUACGAGGCGUUGCAGCUGUCGUCGGCGCAGCAGCCCUGCCCGCGCGGCCCGCGGGCCGACGAGGAUGAGGCGAGGGACUACCACCGGGCACGCCGGGAAGUCUUUCGCAGGACGGGGCCGAGGGCAUCAUCGUCAUGGAGACGAUCCCGAGCUCCAGGUGCGGCGGCGACAGGCCGAGGACCCGGGCGCGCCGCUGGGGGGUUCGGACAGCGGCCCUCCGCUGCCUGUGGAGUGCGGUCGCCGCCUGGGUCGUGCUGGGCGUCUGCCCGCAGCCGAAGUGGAAGCCGGCGAUGCCGCCGGCCUGCGACAUCCAUCCAGCACGCCUCCGGAUUGCCGCCUGCCCGUGAGUAGGCAGGGGGCCUGUAGAAAAAGCUUGGCACCGCACACACGACGAGGUGCGGCCCGAGCCCGGUCUGGCCUUGAGGCCGGCCGCGACUAAUUGGGGACGACCAGGGCUGUUUCUCAGCGCCGGCUGCGGUUUCUGAGCGCCGGCCAGCCUCUACGCUCGUCCCUGACCCCGUCCCCAGAUCCGUCCACGCAGAGGCCAGCGUGCCACGUUCGCCUCGGCAGGCACGAAUUCGCACCGGCCGUGCGGCUGUGCGGCACGGCGACCCGUGGUCGAACAGACCGAAGCAGGGGUCGAGCACACCGCCUGCGCGCGAGGUGGACAGGGCGUGCCAGAGCAGGAGCACGCCAAAAGGACAGUAAUGAUGGCGUCCGCCCUGUUCUCUCCCAGGUUGGCUUGGGCUUCUUCCCC